CUCACUGGCCAGAGCGCUCGCCUUAAAAAAUUUCGCCUUUCUCUUCCUCCCACUGCGAGAGACGACGACGGCGAAGACCGCUGAAGGAAGGCACAAGCGAAACCCUAACCGCGCCUCUUCUUCCUCCCAGCCAUGGAGGGGCAACGUGUCUCCAAGAAGCCUGCUUCGUCAGUCUACGUCGACGUCUUCGGAGGUCCUCCCCGUUUCGCCGCCUCUCCUUUCCCCUCCCGCCCCGACGACUACGCGGAGAUUUUCGGAGGUUCAGGGACCUCCUGCAGCAUCCCCUUCCUCGAUCUGCCCCCGGAGACGUACGGCCUUGACGGUGAUACUGCCGUAGUGCGCGACGGCCCUGGAUUCGACUACUCUGAGGUCUUCGGGGACUUGGACUUUCGGGAAUUUUCUGUAGCGCAUGAGGACUUGUUUUCCUCGAGUCGGGGCGUGGAAGUCGGUUCCGCGAACGGGAGGGACUUUGAGGAUCCGAUAAUUAAUGGUCAGCCCAUUAAAGAAUCUGAAUAUCCUCUAGAAGAUGCGAAUUGCAUUGAAGAUGAUCUUGAUUGCUUCCCAUUGAAUUGUGAUCUUUCGAAUCAUAAUUCUGGGAAAUCUAACCUGGCAAAUAAUGUGAAAAAUAAUGGGAGCAAUGAUGGUGCUGUGAGACGACAAUCACACAAAUCUGAUCCUCCUAGAUCCAUUCUUGAAUGUACUACCCAUUUGCAAAUGCAAAAACCUGGUGCUCCAAUUAGCAAGGUUAACAAUGUUGAUUUACGCACCUCAGGAAAUGUAACCAUCUCAGAUAUUAAGGAAUGUAGCAGUCUAUGUUCUGCUUCAGAGCUUAAUCACAUAAAUUUGGAUCUCCAUUCACGUUCUUCCAGCAGUAAUUCAGUCACUAAUGAUGAUGUAACAUCUUCCGAUGCUAUGUAUGUGAGUGUUGUAGAUGUCAGUCUCCAAACACAACCUUUGCAAGUACCACCACCACUAAGACCACCUCCAAAAGCAUGUAACAAAAUAAAUCAUCCAUUCUUAAAGACAGAGCCUAAUGUGGAAAUCAGUAUAGAUGGACACCAUUCAUCUCAACGAAAUGAAUAUCCUGAAUGUUAUGGGUUUGUUUCCAAAAUCCAUGCACCACAAGUUGUCAUGAGGGAUGGUCCUUCCUUGGAUGUAGACAUUGAUGCAAGUUCAGCUGCUGCUGCAAUAAAGAAAGCAAUGGAAUUAGCUGAAGCAAGAUUAAAAAGUGCAAGGGAGUUGAUGGAGAGAAAACGUGUAAAUUAUCUCAACCGAAAGAAGAGUCACCAUGAAACCAUAAGCGAACAGAAGCUUGCUCAAUAUUCUUUUUUUUUAGAUAACACCAGUGUUAUUACAACACAAAAAAAGCUGGCAAAAGAGGGCAAGAUUGAUGACAUUCCUUCAGAGAAAGGAAAUAUCACCAAUGUUUUAAAGGCAGAUCUGGAUGUUGGGGAUACAACAAGAGAUGUGAUAAUGUCUAAACAUGGUCAAGAGAUGAUGAAAGAAAACAGUUUAGCUCCAGAAAAGGAAUGUCUGGAGUGGAAGAUGAUGGAUCGAGAACAGUCAAGGAUAGCAAGCAAAGAACAAUCAUUAAUACUAGAACAUGUACAUGUGCAGGAACCUAUUAGGAAAAUGAUGAAAGGAACUACAAGCAUUAACAAAGAUAGUCAUUAUGACAAUAAAGAGGUUACACUGCCAUCUGAAUUUAAAAGCAAUAAUAAUUUGAAUGCAGAUAUAGAAAAGAUUGAUGAGCCAAAGAUUGCCACAGAUGUGAAAGAUGAUUACGAUUCUUGCAAGGGAGAACCAAUUGAAGAUCUAGAUAAUGUGGUUCUCAUGGAGCCACAGCUUCAAGAAGAUAUUGAUAUCCUUAAGGAUACUCACAUUUCUUGUAGUGUGGAAAACAAGAAGCUUGAAGAGGCUCAAGAAGUUCAUGGCGAAAAUUUGAGCAUACCAUUCUCUUUUGAUAAGAGUCCUGUUGCAGUUAGAAAUGAAGAAAAUCUGGAAACAUUUGACAUCCAUAAGUUUGAGGAGUCAAAAGAUGCUAAGCGCAACUAUGAAUUUGAAGACAAUCUACAUGACUUUCAGUCGGUCCAAAUGAUAUUGUCAGAUACAUUAGAAUUAGAAACUGCUAAAGUAACUUCUGAAUCUGGAAAAGUUGAGAAGAAAUUCACUGCAGAUAAUUCAAACAGUGAAGAGUGUGAUGAUGGUACUAUUCUGGAUGCAUCCAUGAUAGGUGUUGUUCCACAUGACAAGGAAAUGAGGAUGGCAUUUGUAUCUGGCAUGUUCGAUGCAGAGAAAGAGUUGGAUGCUCUUUGUGAAUAUGAUGAUUCUAUAAAUCCAUCAAGGGAAGUGCAAGUUGAAGAUGGUCACUCAAACAACCUUGUCCAAAUGGAUAGACGUACAAUGAAAACUAUGAAGGAAGUUAGGGAGGAACCAUACUCAAAGCAAGAGUCGUCCAUUUCUGAGAAAUAUGAUUCAGGAGUGGUAGUUGACCAAGGCACAGAUGAAAUAGGUUAUAAUUCAAUGAUACAAAAUGCAACUGGAGUAAUUUCGUAUGAACCUAAGAAUGCAAAAGAAGAUGGUGCCUCCUCUCAGGAUCGCAAUGAGUUCAAAUCAAAUGGACCACCAGUGGAAGCCCAGAAACGUGAUGGGGCACCGGAGGCAGUUCUAAAGUCCUGUUUGCUGGAAAAAUCUGAGAUGCAAACAGCACAGCAUGGAGGCAAGAAAGUUAGAGAAAAUGAAAAGAUUGGAGAUAUUCAUGCAAACCCGGAUGUUUCAGAAGAGCAAGUUGAAGGUGGUCACUCAGACAACCCGGUGCAAAUGGAUGAAAAUACAGUGGAAACUCUGAAGGAAGAUAGGGUACAACAACACUUGAAUAAAGAGUCAUCCAUUUCUGGGGAAUAUGAAUCAGGACUGGUAGUUGACCAUGAAACAGAUAAAAUAGGAGAGAAUUCAAUGAAACAAAAAGGAAUUGGAGUAAUGGCAUAUGAAGAACCUGAGAAUGCAAAAGCAGAUGGUCGGUGCUCGGAAGAUUGCAAUGAAUUCAAAGCAAAUGAACUACCAGGUGAAAACCAGAAAUGUGAUGAGACGCCAGAGGCAGUUCAAGAGUCUUGUUUGCUUGAAAAAUCUGAGCAAACGAUACAACAAGGAGAAAAGGAAGUUAGAGAAAACGAAAAGCUUGGAGAGAUUCAUGCAAACCCAGAUAACAUUGAUAUCGUGAAUAGAGAUUCAGAUGCCAGGUGCUGCCUCCUGUUCAAAGAUUCGGAUGUUCAGUCAGAAAAUGGUGAUGGUAUCUCAGAAUUACAAUCACCUCAAGGUGCUUCAGACAUUUACAAUGUUGGGCCCUCAAAGAUCACUUCCAACUUUAAGAAGACAGAAGAUAAAGAAAGUGAAGUCAUGGAAAAAGAAAGUAAAUCAUCAGGAAUUUGUACAAGGAAAUUAGAAGAGGAAGAACGAGAGAGAGAGAAAGAGAGAGAGAAGGACAGAGCUGCAGUGGAAAGAGCAAUUCAUGAAGUACAUGAAAGGGCACAUGCCAAAGCCCAAGAAAGGGCAGAAAGAAACGCUGUAGAGAGGGUUACUUCUGAGGUUCGACAAAGAGCACUUAAAGAGGCUCAAGAGAAGGUAGAUAAGGCUAAUGCUCUUGCUGCGGAAAAAUCAGUAGCUGAGCAGGUUUUGAAAGAAGCUAGAUUAAAGGCAGAGCGUUCUGCUGUUGAACGAGCAAUUGCUGAAGCUCGAGGGCGUGCUGCAGAAAGAGCACUUGCUGAAAAGGCAGCUGGAAAUGGUAGGGAACGCAAAGAGAGACCAAACGGUUUCUACAGGGAUAAAAUGAGUAAAGAAAAUGGAACAGAAGAACAUUCAAAGCCCUGGAAUAAGGAUGGAUCUACUGGUGCACAGUUUCACAAUACUGAUUCUUUGAGCAACUCCAAGGGAUAUUCAUUUGUGGAUAGCCAGAAAGCAGCUGAGGACGAAUCAUCUCUCAGGAAUAAGGCUAGGCUUGAGAGGCAUCAAAGAACAGCUGAACGCGUGGCAAAUGCUCUUGCAGAGAAGAGCUUGCGGGAUGUUCUCGCUCAAAGGGAGCAAGCAGAGCGAAAUAGAUUGGCUGAGUAUUUGGAUCCUGAUAUCAAAAGAUGGUCAAAUGGAAAGGAAGGAAAUUUGCGUGCAUUGUUGUCAACUCUGCAAUAUAUCCUGGGGCCGGAGAGUGGUUGGCAGCCAAUUUCGUUGACAGGUGUCAUUGCUGCUACUGCUGUGAAGAAAGCUUACAGGAAAGCUACACUCUAUGUUCAUCCUGAUAAAUUACAGCAAAGAGGUGCUAGCCUUCGCCAAAAGUACAUUUGUGAGAAGGUUUUUGAUCUUCUCAAGGACGCGUGGAACAAAUUCAACUCAGAAGAGCGAUAAAAUAUGAAGAAUGCAUACACUGUAGUGUAGUCUUCACCCUUGAACCUUUCAUUUGUAGUGCAUAAAUGUGUUUUAGAUUCAAAAGUCAAAACUAGCAUGUCAGUUCUGUAAUUAUUCCAUUGAACAUUUUUUUGCACGUGUAAAUAUGAAAAAUUCUUCUUAGUGUAUGCCAGAAUUUGAUACUUAAUUCAAUUGAUUAAGGCUCUUUUGUUAA